UAUUGUGUUGUAUUGAAGUUGAAUGUGAAAAUAAAAUGUGCGGCCGAACUGCUUGUAACUUAAAAUGUGAAACUUAUUGCAAAGCAACGAGCUAUAAAGAUCGUAAAGACACAUUGUAUCGUCAACCAGAAUGGCAUGAUGAAAUGAAUGAUAACUUUAAAUUUAAACAAUCCAACAACAUAGCACCUACUGAUGUAACUCCUAUUCUUGUUUCUGGCGAAGAAUUUGUUGGCUACCCUUCUAGGAUAUUGACACCCAUGAUAUGGGGUAUGAUACCUCCCUGGCAUAAGGGAAAUUUCAACAACCAUGGAUUAAGUACAAAUAAUUGUCGAAUAGAAAAUGUAACAACUUCAAAACUUUACAGUGAACCAUUGACUAAAGGAAGAAGAUGUGUUGUAAUUUGUGAAGGUUUCUACGAAUGGAAAACAACUGAAGGACCCGGAAAGAAAAAGCCUUACUUUAUAUACAUGCCCCAGAAAAAUGGAGUUUCAGUUUAUGAUACAAAUGCUUGGGAAUCAGCUCAGUGGUCAGAACAAAAUGGUUGGUGUGGACCAUCUCUACUACAAUUAGCUGGUAUUUACAAUAAAUGGAAUUCAUCCGAUGGGGAUGUUUAUAGCUAUUCAGUUAUCACAAUGGAAUCAAGCAAGUCAUUUUCACAACUUCAUCACAGAAUUCCUGCAGUCUUAGAGAAUGAACAACUUAUAGAGGACUGGUUAGAUACUAGAAGGGUGUCUGCAAGUCAAGCCAUCUCUAUGCUUCGUCCUACUGAUAAUCUGACCUGGUAUGAAGUGUCAAGCAUAGUCAACAACUCGCGUAACAAAAGUGAAGAUUGUAAUAAACCUACAUCAAAAAUAGUUAACAAAAGCAGCACUUUUAUGACAUCUUGGUUAACAGGAAAAAAUAAAAAAAGUGAUAGUAAUGAUGAAGAUCAAAUGAGGAAAAAACCUAAAAAUUAAUUACUCGUUAUCAUACAAUUUUAAUUGAUGUAUACAACAUAAUAUAUUAUUUAUAACUAUUAUAAGAAUAAUAUUUUCAAAAUAAAAGAUUUAAUAUUUGAUUC